GUUCUACUAGAUAGUGAAAUAGUUAAGGGUUCAGCUGAACAAGCUUCAUUGGCUUCUCCAUAAUUAUGGCUUGGUCAGAUGCUUGUUUUAUCCAGCGAGGAUAGCCUUGUAAGCUUUCAAGGUCGGCCUUUUCGUCAUUUGCAUAAUUUAAUGAGCGUUCAAAGUUUUUAUGAAUAUUUUAUGUACCCACUUGCACCUGGGCGGGAAAUUAAUAUUGAAUCAGCCUCGUCAGAAAAACAAGCAAGGCUGACGAAAUUCGAGGUGGAAGAAAACAAGAGUAAAUAUGACAACACCACGUCUGCCAACUGUAGAUGAUCUACCAAGGAAUCUAUUAUGUGAUAUUCUACCAUCCAAAGAUGGAAAGUAUACCAACAUUUUGAUUCUGCUUCAUGGCUUGGGGGAUACGAAGAAUGGAUUCACACAGCUUGCCAAAAACUUAUCUCUGCCUCAAACUGCGUCCUUAAUUCCUCAAGCUCCAACCCCAAUUCCCGCCCUCAUAACUGGUUCCGACGUACCUUCUUUCCAUUGGGCACGCGAUCUUGAAUUCGACUCUACGACUGGCUCUCUAGACCUCGAUGCUGAUCUCACACCCUCUAUCACAAUUCUGACUUCUAUGAUUGAGAUGCUUAUGGAAUCAUGUAAUUACUCGCCGAGAAAUAUAUUUCUCUUUGGGUUUGGACAGGGAGGCAUGUUGGCUCUUUCGACUCUUGCACAAACUACCUCUUCACUCCUCAAAGAUGUGGAAUUGGGAGGAGCGAUUUCAAUCGGUGGACGACUUCCUACCUCUUUUUCUCCGCCUUCAAAUUCAGCGACAACUCAAAAGGAUAACAAAGGGAAAGUCAGAACACCAAUUUUGGUAGCGGGCGGAAACAGAAAGUCUGAAAUAACAAGGACAGCGUUGGAAAAGGUAAAGGGUACAUUCGCGGAAGUAGAGUAUGUUAAAUGGGAGAGGGAAGGUGAUGGUAUGAUGAGGGGGAGAGAGGAGGUGCUGCCACUAAUGAGAUUUUGGGGUAGGAGGUUGAAAAUGGGGGCUCCGGAGGGGAUGACUGAGGUUUGAGAUGGAGAGGUGAGGUGAGAUGAGGGAGCAUAACGAGAAAGUAGGACGUUAUGAGUGGGAUUUGAGUGGGUUGAUUCGUCAAUGAUACUCAGGUUUCAAUUUCAAGAUCCCGGGGGUCGAAAUUGCCGGCGGCAUAUUGCUUUGGCCUACAACACACUGCAGACAGUUCUGUAUAGGUGUUUGACUACAUCUCUGCUAUCCAUACUCAUCUUUCAUUGUCUAGGUAUGAGAUAGUGAGCUUAUAUUGCUAUGGAUAAUUCAAUAGGCUUGGUCUGGGUAAGGGUACCGAAGGGGAAAUCAUUUCCUUCUUGAAGUUAGGAAAUAAGAUAUUCUAGAGACGAUUCGUUUCACAUGGCAAUUUUAGAAUGCUCAGAGAUAGCACCGUGGAUAUAAAAUGGUUGAGUAUGCUUCAAUCA